ACUGAAUUUUCCAGAUCUAAAGAUACUAUGGCUUUGUGAUGUACCAAAUAUGGUUAGUAUUUGCACCAGAAACUAUUCUGUGAAGGCAUUAUCUCUACAAAAUAUACGGUUGGAAAACUGUCCACAGCUUCUCAGAAAUAAUGUUACAGAUCUAUCUGUUGAUGUGCAAAAAAGUGAAGAUCUCUUGAAGGGAAAGGAACAAGGAAGAAAAGAAUUCACAUGUUUGAAUUUAAGCAAGGCCUCAACAGCAAAGCAUGUGCCAAGUACAGCUCAUGGAUAUCUAUCAUCACCGCUAUAUCAAUCCAAUUUGAGAAAGAUUGAGAUAACUGGAUUUUCUGAGCUAACAUCACUCUUUACCAUAUCCAUUGCCUCAUCAUUGAAAUUGCUGGAAACAUUGGAAGUUCGGCGCUGUAAUAAACUGGAGCAUAUAAUAACCGACGAUGGGCCUACCAGACUUGGUCAUGUGAAUGUUCACUCUAUCUUUCCCAAAUUACAGGAAGUUUAUGUCUGCCGCUGUAACAAUUUGGAAUAUGUAUUCCCAGCUUCUUAUUCAAAAGACUUCAAGGACUUGAAAUCUGUGAGCAUCGAGGAGGCAGGAGAGAUGAAAUAUGUGUUUGGAGAAUGUCAUGCUGAUGAGAAUCAUAAUGUCCAGGGUAAACUUAAUCUCCCAGCCUUAGAAAAAAUAGGCCUUGAAGAUGUCCCAAAUAUGGUUAGUAUUUGCGUAGGAAACUAUUACGUGGAGGCAUUACAUCUAGAAUACAUUAGUUUUGAAGGAUGUCUACAGCUUCCCCAAACUUUGAUAGAUUUCUUUGUUGGUGGACACAAAAAACAAGAAUGUCUCUCAAGGAAAAAGGCAUUAUCUUUCAAGGGGAAAGGUAAGCAUCUUUCCAACUUGCAAGAGAUGCCUGAUUUAAGGGAUAUAUGCAGGGGACCUAAAAAUUCUUUGAGCUUUCAAAACCUUUCCUGGCUAACAUUUGUAGGAUGCAAACAGUUAAGGUUCAUACUGUCUGCAUCUACCACAAGAAGCAUACCAGAAUUGAGAAGGCUAUUCAUAUCAGACUGCCAAGAGCUGGUGAGCAUAAUUGAGGAUGAUGAAGAGAAUCAGCAACAUCCUUUGGAUCUGCGUCAACCAUGUUUCCCAAAGCUAUUCCAAAUUGCAGUGAUGCACUGCAAGAGGUUAAAAUGCCUAUUCUCUAUCUCCAUGUGUGCUACACUUCCAAGUCUCUUGAUGUUGCACAUAGAAGAUGCUCCUGAGCUUGUGCAAGUAUUUGAAUGGAAGCAGGGUGCGCCACAAGAGUUGAUCAUGAAGGAUGUGCUUCCAAAUCUACUUGGAAUAAGACUGGCAAAUCUUCCAAGUCUUCAUACUAUCUAUCAAGGAAUUGACUUCCAAACCGUGAAAAUCCGUCUUGUGCGUGAUUGUAACAAUAUCCGUUUAGCUACUAAUGUCAGCUCCUCUGAUAUAUUUGAUUAUCUCAAUUAUCCGUUACCACAAGAAAAUAUGAGCUUCAUAGAUGAUAACGACUACUGCCCUAUUAUUCUUGGCUGGGCUGAAGAGAGGCAACGACAAGAAUCAGAGGAAGCUCGUGAGAGAGACAAGACAAUAUCAGAACAGAACAGUAGUACCCAAGAUCAAGCCGAUGAGUUAUGUGGAAAGGAAUUAAUGGGUGAUCAACUGGCACUUAGAGAAAGUAGAGGCUCUAAUGAAACUCCUCAAAGAGUUGAAGAACCUGCCAAUGAAAAUUCUUCCAAAGAAACAUCAAACGAAAUGGCGUUGACAAUUCCAUUAUCUGUUGCUGGAAUGACUUCUCCAUUGGUAAAUAUUUGGCUUUGUAAUAUAUUUGCAUUAUUGAUACAUUAUUGA